ACUGAGGGACCACGCGUUCACCUCACUAGCGGGACCAUAACGGAGAGAAGUGAUUGGGUACAGUGUAACAGAGGUGACCGAAUUCAAAGCUCUGACCCGGGGGGACUCGGAUCCGAGCCUGUUGACACAUUUUGUCCUGAAGAGCACCCCAUCUGAGGUCUUCGGUGAUUAUACAGGCUACGGUGAGUACAAGACACAGCUAACGAAAGGUAAGCGAUCCUUGUCAUACAGCUAAUCCAAGCAACAGGUUCCAACUAUUAUAUUAACCCAUGUAGCCAUUUUGUGUUCUGGUGGGAGGCCACUCGUCAAAAACAAUAAUCGGAUUUCAAGGAGCAUGACUUUCCUUUCAAACAUCAUUAUUAAGCCGUUGUGAAACGAUUCAGUCAUAUCCAAGAUACACAAACAAACCCGUCAAGAACAAAAACAGAGGUUAUUAGAAACAAGCACGCACGCUGAGGUUUCAUUGGCAAAGAAACUGUUUUAAAGGAAUUUGCUUCAGUUAAUAGAUCGCCAUUUUUAUUCUUUUGUUUUUAAUUCUGUGAGGGGAAUCAGGUGUUCUGCUCCUAUGGCUAUAAUUUCCCACAUCACGGAAAGCUUGUCGUGAAUAACCACAGAUUGCGAUCACCACUUACUUUACCACAGUGUGUUGGAGAUUGAAGUGUUCUAGAUUUAUGGAAUUUAAGCAAAAAUGGAAAUGCAGGAGAAAAGGCUUUCCAUCAUGACCCAACUUUCGUAAAACGUUUCGUCUCCAAAAAUGCCACUUGAAAUGUAGUGCUCCGUACCACGCAGUUACUCUACUCCUACAGCUUUUAAAAUACAUGUAUAUGUCAAGAUUGCGCCACGUUGCAGACGCUUUGUAAUGAUUUCGUAAAAAGAGCAGUGCACAUCAACUGCCUUCUGUGACAACAAGGACCACAGAACGAGCAUAUUUUCACCUACGGUUGAACUUGGAAAGAGAAUUGAAAGGUUUCGUACCCUGAAAACUCGUUGCGGUUAGCCAUCAAUGCAAGUUAAACUGUUUCAGUCUAUGUAAAUGUCACUGACCGACACCAUGCACAAUGCAACUGUCAGAAAUCAGCGGGGGAUUAUAUAUAUAUAUAUCAUAAGUGCUAUCUGAUUGAACGGCAUUCUCCUGCUGAGAAAUCCGCUUGAGUAUUCUGGAUGAUUAUAUUAAGGAACCCAGCGGGAGAUUCUUGUUGACUAUGUGGCGGAAUCUGACGGAUUUGCACACUUUAUUAUGUAGUGACAUUUGAUGGAUUAAUCUAUUUGACUAUAUUGAAAACUCUAAUGGAAUAUUCCCUGUCAAUAUAGAGGGCUUGAUGAAUUGUUCUACUGGGAGAGUCACGCGAGACUUGUAUAAGUUGACCAUCGUCAUCACAUUGAAGAGAACCGUCAAUCGUUCGUCCAAGAAGUGAUAGCCAUAACAUGCGUGUCAUCCUGGAAGCCGGGAAGAGCCGCCUCAGGAACGCAACGCUGUACUUCGUGAUUGCUUCGUAUUUCAUCAUCGUAGUUGGAGGAGAAGGUUCACCCAGCCGGGCCUGUGAUGGUGUCCACAUCACCCCCGGUCAUAAGACUGGACAGAUGACCAUCAUGUGGACCACGGCGUUGACCAGAGAGGGUUCGGUGCGUGGACACAACAUGGCCACCGGGAAGCCGUUCAUAUUGGAAAGUUGGUCGUUUCAAAUGAAGGAAAACCAUUCUAACUCUUUAAGCGAGUACGUCAUACACAGGGCUUUUGCAAUGGGUUUGUCACCUGGCGUUGAGUACAUGUAUCAGCCUUACACUGUGGAAGGGGGACACGUUAGUUAUACCUUCCGAACCUGGCCAGAUAGUAUGGACUAUCGUCCAGAGUUCCUGGUCUACCACAGUCCUCACCAGACCACACUGGACACUCACCAUCAGCUGGCUCAGGGGGUCCAGAGAGACCACAGGUUUGCUGGAGUCCUUAACCUCGGCAAGUUUGGUUGCGAUCAGAAUUAUGAAGAUUACUUGAAGACGAUGGCUGAUAUGGCAGCAUGGAUUCCUAUAUUUACAACCACGGGGAAAGCGGAUAUCACCGACAACUUUAACCAUUAUAGGAAGAUAUUUUCCAUGCCAGGCGUGGUUUGGCCUCAACAAGAUCUCUGGUAUAGUUUUGACAUAGGCAGGGCGCACAUAAUAAGUAUCUCAUCGGAAGUUUACUUUCUAUCCAACCAAUACUUGGCACAACAACAAUAUAGCUGGCUUAUCCAAGACCUACAGACGGCUAACAACCAGAAGCAGCGAAGUGACCGUCCGUGGAUCAUCGUCAUGCUAAACCAGCCGCUUUAUUGUUCAGGGACCCCCUCCUGUUACGCCAACUCCGCUGUUCUUAGGGACGAACUUGAAGAGUUGAUGCAUACACAGGGUGUGGAUCUCGUUCUCACGGCUCAGGAUAACCUCUUCCAGCGAACCUGGCCCGUUUAUAAAGGGAAAGUGAAGACGGAAAGUUAUUUGGAUCCCGCGGGAACUGUGUAUAUCAAUACUGGGGCGCUGACUUGUGAUAAUAUAUCGACGUCGACAGAACUUUGUCGAGAAACAUGGUGUGCCAAGAAAAUUCCACUUGACGGCGCCCCCAGUUUCGGCAUUUUAUCCAUCCACAACAAGACGCAUCUGUUGUACGAGGAAAGAGAUGUCGCGUCACGUGAUCUCCUUGACAGCACGUGGUUGAUCCAGCAUCACCACGGUCCUUACGGUGCUCUAACGGGUCAUCAUCCCCUCGUGAUAUCCGUGGUAGUGGUGCUCACGCUGACAAUAGCUUUUAUCGCCUUCCUCUGUGUGUGGGGUAGGAAAGUGAAAAGGUAUAUGAAAUAUCAAAGAGACAUGGCUGCUAAUAAACGAAAUGGAAACGCUUUCAAUUUUACGUCUUUGGACGAGACGGAACUCGGUCCUGAAGAGGGCGUUGAAAACGAUGGUCAAGACAGACCAAAUUCACAGCUGCAACCGAUUCAAGCUAUAUCCGAGGGCGUGGCGAAUGGAGUAGUCCACAGCCAAAAUAAGCACAAAACAAGGACGAAAACGAAAAAUACAUAUGUUGCAUUAAGUGAACAACCGUGUGAGGAAUGUUAAUAGCAUGAAAGUAUGAGGUGCUCCGCCAAAUGUACAUAUACUUGCAGAAUUUGUUUUUUAUAUUUUUGUUUGUUUAUUUGUUUGUUUGUUUGUUUGUUUGUUUGUUUGUUUGUUUGUUUUGCCUGCAGUCCAUCUGCUGAGGUGAAAAAAAAACUACGGUAGUGAUGCAGUGUUAAAACUGUGCUAUAUUUAACCAUAUCCAGGGAAUUCACAAAAUACUCUCAGACUUCGGUCGAACUGCAGACUUAAUGUCCUUGCAAUGCAGCAUGCACGCUUAACUAGACGCCAGAAUGGAGGGAAUGAUUUUUUCAUUGAGAAUGCCUCUACUUAAAGGCUGAGCAAAGUCCAAAAGUUGUGAACAAUUGAACAACGAGUGUAAAACUUUAAAUUUGGUCAUUUUGCUCAAGUGCUGCAGUUAGAGUUGGCGACUGUACUAACUAGAAGGGUCGUCGAAAAACUUUCACUGUUAAAUUAAGAGAAUAAGAGAGAUUCUGUUCCCUGUGUUUCAUCGUGAUCUCAUAAGAAAGACCUUGUCUGUCUGGUGGGUUGGUCCUAGUCCUCUCUCAAUGCUUAUUACUGAGAUUAAGUAAUAAGCAUUUUAAAUCAAACAUUUUUUUAAUUUUUAUUACAUAAAAAAAAUUGAUGUGAUCUCGUUGUUGACUUUAAUUUUUUCAUAUAAUCUCAUAUGUAACUUGCUCAUAUUAAACAUAUCUCAUUAUGGAUCUGUUUGUGUUAUUACAGCGGCGUUAUGUCAAAAACACGGUCACCGAAGCCCAUUUCACAUCGAGCGGUCCUGAGAGGCCCUAACAUGACAUUAUGCUACAGUUGUCCAUAACUUUGCUUCCUGCGGUAAAGUUAAAGGGCUAACAACUCUUAGUAUAAGAUUCAUAUUUCGCAAUAAAUGCAUUGUAAACAACACAUAGAUGUAUAAAUAAUACUGUUUUACCACCAAAAACAGCGGUUAUUGCAAUAAUUCUGGAAUCUAGCUUGACCUCCAAAUCACGUGACCUCCAAAUCUCUAAAGAGAUUAUUACAGAAAAAAACAACCUUUUUAGAAAAAAAACAUGAACCAACUUUUGAAGCUACAACGCAAUCAUUCAUUGCCCAUUGUUUAGUAUGGUAAAAUUGUGUUUACCCCAGGAAAAUCCAUUUUUGGCCAAAAUGAACAGUUGUUAUCCAGUUAAUUAAUUGGCCGUUCCAAGCGUCGUGACUUAGGUGACUGUCUUGCGUAAUGGUUUAAUAGAUUAAUCA